AUGACGUUUAACUCAACUAGAAUUUCCAGUGACAAGCCAACAGGACAAUUGAAAGCCAAUGUCAAUUAUGCUAGGGAUUCCCAGGCACUGUGUCAGGAAAACAACACUCGGAACAGCAAUGAUGCUGACAAAUUUGGCGCAAACAUAGCAGGUUCAUUCUACUCAACACAGACUGUUUGUUCUGGAGGAAUUUCAGAUACUGACUGGAAAAUUCAAGGAAAAAAACGUAAAAAGCCUCAUCGGAAUUUCAAGACCAAGACAAUAAGGACCCCCGAGCCUGCAAAGCAGCGCUCAGCAGAGAAUCCCAUCAAAAUAACGAAGCCCAUUAUGCCUUCAAUCAGAUCCGGCAAUCUUUUUUCAAUCUUGGAUACUAUAGGAGAAGACGAAUAUCAGACUUUCUCCCCCAGAAGGCAAAGAAAAGAUCUGUUGGAAGCUACGGAUGACUUUGUGCUUUUGACUGCCACUGUGAAGCCGGGCCCAGAACCAGAUUAUGAAUUGGAAAAUUUCAUCCGCAGUCGUUUUUCUCAAACAAUGCCCAAAAGCUUCCAAAACCAUAUGAGGCCCUCUUUUGACCUUGAUUUGGCUAUUUCCAUGGCGCCUGUUCUGGCAGACCCAGGCAUACCAGAGUACACAGAUUCUGAUCAAUGGCCCGUGACUAUUCCAACUCAGCUGGAGAUUUGAAAACUCAUGUACCAAUUCUCGUGAGAUUUC